GUUCCUGGAGGUCCUGGAUCAGGUUCUGCUCCACCCUUCAAGCUCAACAUCGUCGAGUCCAUCGAGAGGAUAAAGGAGGAGUUCAAUUUCCUCCAGGCGCAAUAUCAUAAUUUGAAGCUUGAAUGUGAAAAGUUGGUGCAAGAAAAAACUGAGAUGCAGAGACAUUACGUCAUGUACUACGAGAUGUCGUAUGGUCUGAAUGUUGAGAUGCAUAAACAAAUGGAAAUCGCGAAACGAUUAAAUGCAAUCAUCGCUCAACUUCUCCCCUUCCUAUCACAAGAGAGAGAAUAUGGGCCGAGAUUAAACCAGAUCAUGGAACUCUUACAUCAAACUAACUCUUUAGAGCAUCAGCAGCAAGUGGUGACGGCUGUUGAAAGAGCUAAACAAGUUACGAUGUCGGAGCUCAAUUCUAUAAUUGGGCAACAACAACGGCCAGAUAUGAGCCGAUUAAUGCAGCUGCAGGCUGCUGGGGGACCCGGUCAACUCCUUCCUCCCGGACUACCACCAGGACUACAGGGACUACAGAGCCUACAGGGACUUCAAGGACUACAAAGCCUUCAAGGACUACAGGGGCUUCAAGGUCUCCAAGGACUUCAGGGACUUCAAGGACUUCCGCCAGGAAUUCCAGCUUCCUCUGCCGCACUUCUAGCUGGCCUUCCGCCUUCAUCGUCGGCUGCAUUCGCUGCUGCACAUAUGGCCCGAUUGCCAAUGCCGAUGAGCCAUCAUGAUAUUGCGAAGAAGGAAGAGGAUUUGCACAAACCACUGAGUGCCUCCCAAGGACCAUCUUCAGACGAGCGCCAUAGAAAUUCUUUGUCCCCAUCCCGAGACAGACCCCGUAGCAUUGACAGAAGGAGUCCUGGACCCGAACCCAAGAAAGUUAAGAAAGAGGAGAAUGGUCAUAUGACCAAUGGGCAAAGCCGAAGUCCCCCGAAAGAAAAUGGAAUUGACCUCGGUUUAACCCGUAAGAAGGACGUAAUGAGUCCUCAGAGCGGUAGAAGUUCAGCCUCAUCGACUCCAGCUCCCAAGAAGAGCAGCGAGGACGGAAAGCCUCCAACUCCUAAGUCCACGCCCCCCGCCGAUCCUGGGCUUAAAUCAGGACUUCCUGGCCCUCCCUACGGUCUCGGAUUCCCUCCUCCGCCUGGGAACGGACAUCCUCCGUCCUCCGAAGCGUACAGAUCUCCGUUUGAUCCGCAUCCGGCCCUCCGAGCUCCCCCUGUAGGACUCCCUCCUGGAGGCAAACCGGCCUAUUCUUUCCACGUUAAUGGAGAAGGGGAGAAAAGACCAGUUCCGUUCCCUCCUGAUGCUCUCAUUGGUCCCGGGAUACCCAGGCAUGCCAGGCAGAUUAGCACCCUUCCACACGGAGACGUUGUUUGUGCAGUAACCAUGUCUAAUCCUACUAAAUAUGUGUAUACAGGAGGGAAGGGUUGUGUUAAGGUGUGGGAUAUAGCUCAACCUGGGAGUAAGGUUCCAGUGUCUCAGCUAGAUUGUUUAACACGGGAUAACUAUAUCAGAUCUAUCAAACUUCUACCUGAUGGAAGGACUCUAGUUGUAGGAGGAGAAGCAAGUACACUAUCAAUCUGGGAUCUAGCUGCUCCUGCUCCCCGGAGAAAAGGAGAAUUGACCAGUUCUGCUCCGGCGUGCUAUGCUCUUGCCAUCAGUCCCGACUCCAAGGUCUGUUUCAGCUGUUGCAGUGAUGGUAACAUCGCUGUUUGGGAUCUUCAUAAUCAAUUACCUGUGAGACAGUUCCAGGGUCAUACGGACGGAGCCAGCUGUAUAGAUAUUUCAUCCGACGGAACAAAACUAUGGACGGGAGGUUUGGAUAACACUGUACGUUCCUGGGAUCUCCGGGAAGGAAGACAACUACAACAACAUGACUUUAGUUCUCAGAUAUUCUGUCUUGGUUAUUGUCCAACCGGAGACUGGUUAGCUGUUGGUAUGGAGAACUCUAAUGUUGAAGUUCUUCACUCGUCCCAGCCAGAUAAAUAUCAGCUUCAUCUGCAUGAAAGCUGUGUUCUCUCUCUCAAGUUUGCAAACUGUGGUAAAUGGUUUGUCUCAACUGGAAAAGAUAAUCUCCUAAACUCCUGGAGAACUCCCUACGGAGCAUCUAUAUUCCAGUCAAACGAAACUUCUUCAGUUUUAUCUGUUGACAUUUCGACAGACGACAAGUAUAUAGUGACAGGGUCUGGAGACAAAAAGGCGACUGUGUAUGAAAUCAUGUACUAAGUCGAAAAUAUAACGUAAAAAUUACGUAAAAUUUGGUAAUUUAAGAAAUUUUGUGAAUGGGGUUAGGAGUUUUGGAAACAACCGACUUCAAUUAAACAUUCUAACUUUGUAGAUCUCUUGUCUAAGUUUGCUCCAAGCUCUUAAACCUUCUGAAAGUUUAACUCCAGUAGGAGAACUCGACCCAGAUAUCUCUAGUUGAACUAAACUUAGUGAAUAAUUAACCAAAGAGUAGAUGUAACUCUAGUAUACAAGUUCUACUCAAUACAUGUAUAUUACACUGGGUUGAGGUUUCGGAGAACUCGAACGGAUGGAUUUCACAGUUCUAUAGGUUUAACUUUCUCCCCAACCCUUGAUAUUUCCCAGGACUUGACCCAAACCCAGUCCAUUUUCUUGUGAUGAAUAACACCCUGUUUACCAGUUUGAUGUUAAAUAUGUAAAAUCUAACAAAAAUGAUGAAGUAUUAUCUCGUUAUUCUUAAUUCGUAGAUUUCAUAGAAAUCAGUUUUUCUUUAGAUAAAAUUCAUUCAGUGUUCUGUACUCCAUUAUGCAGUUCAAGAUGUCAAGUGUACAGUGUAAUAAAUGUACAUACUGGAGCCAUUUUUAUAAUUUUAAAAAUUUAUUUUUGCUCCAAAAACCCCAUAAAUUUUUGUUCAAUCAGAUAUUCUUUAAAGCUUGUGUUCUACUUUGCUGCAUUAUUUUUAUUUAAUAAAUAGAUACAUAAUCAGUA